AGAGCAACAAGUGCUAAAGUGUUAGAUUAGAACAAUGGACACUCAAAGUGGUAAAGAAAUAGUUGAUAUUGAUCUUGGAGGGGGUUCUUCCGGUGGAGAAGCAGCUGGGGAUCUGGGUGAUGAUGACAUAGUAACAAUGCUCGAUGGGCUGGAACUGAAUCGGGCGUGUUUUUCUGAGAAAGUUGCAAACUUAAGCAAUUUUGUAAUGCACUUGGAAGCUCUCGGGGUUGAAUUGGAGGGCUUUGUUUUGGACAGAGAAGACAAUGAUGUGGACGUGGGUUGUAUUGGGAAGUUUCUUGAGUUUGACCUGUUAUGUGGGGUGUUGGGUUCUGAGGUUGUGGAAUUGGAUAGGUUCUUGGACGCCCUUCAUGCUGAUGCUGGAGAUAGGGAGGCCUCUUCUGAGCCCAGGCAAGACAAUCUUCUUGAUUCUGAACAAUGUUUGAAGCCGUCCGAGGAGCAGUUUUCAGAGAUUAAAAAACUAUCUGCUAGUUUUGAGAGAACUUUGUCUUCUUAUAAGUGGGGAGGAAAUGGCAAUAUUGAAGAUGUUGAAAUCACCCUAGAGGAUGAUGAAUCUUUAAAUGUAAGUUCGGUAAUAACCAUGCACACAACUGAGCAACAGAGACUUGUUCUGAGGAUGCUAGAGAAAUCUUUAGCAAACGAAAUGGAUCUUGAGAAGAAUUUCUUUGACUCAAGGGAAAUUGAAGAAAAUCUAAAACAAAGGAUGGCUUCUUUAGAACAAAAGCUAAGUCUGGUGGAGGAAGAAGCUACUGAUGUUUGGGAAAGAUGGUUUGAGGCAGAUAAUACACGUGAGAUACUGAUAGGAAUUUCAAAAGAGCUGUUGGGUAGACUCCAGCUUUCUCAGUUCAAUUUGAAUGGUUUAAGUCAGCGUGAAUCUGUGCUCAGAGCUAAGCUUGAAACUUCUGAGGUUGUUGGCAAUUCUGAGGUUGUCACUUUAAGGGACAAGGUGUGUUCACUUGAGAAGCAGCUAAAAGAAUAUGAAAGCCAGCUAAUCAAUGUGAGGGCAUCUGCUGAUGCAUAUCAGACACAGUAUGCUAUUUUGAGUUCUGAAGUAAGAAAGACAGAAGGUAUUAUCGUUGAAUUGAAAGAAAAUAUAUCUAAUGCAGAAAGUCAGGCUAAUACCGCAGAAGCACAUUGUAAGAUAUUGGAAGAAGCUAAUGGUGAACUCAACAGACAGAUAGCUCUUUUGAAAGAUAGUGGUGGCAAAUCUGAGAGGGAAGAGUCACUUGAGAGGCGGCUAAGGGAUUCUAAUUUACUGCUGCAGCAUGCUGUAGCAUCUGCCGAAGCUAGUCAAGAGAAGCAAAAUAUGUUGUAUUCCACAAUUAAAGAUAUGGACCAAGUGAUAAAGGAUCUUAAGUCAAAGGUCUCUAAAGCGGAGAGCCGGGCUGACAGUGCAGAGGAGAAAUGCAUCAUAUUAUCUGAAUCCAAUACUGAUUUAAACGAGGAACUAAGCUUCUUGAGGAGCAGAUUGCACUGCUUGGAAGGAUCACUACACCAAGUGGAAGAAGCAAAAGUGGCAUCUGCAAAGGAUAUUGGAAAGCAGACAAAAGUUUUCAAAAGUUUGGUCAUGCAGCUGGCUGUUGAGAGAGAGCGUCUUAAUAAGCAGCUGUCUUCCUUAGCAAGUGAGAACAAAAUAUUGGUUGUGAAGCUAAAGCAGACAAAUAAGUAUCCUGAAGAAGUUAGUGUGGCUUUAACAACUGAUCACAAGGAGGACAGGUCUUGGAAAAAUUCAUCCACAGAUGAUGGUAAAGAAGAAAAGUUUGCAGAUUCUAUGCCAGAUGCUGAUUCUGUGAGGAGAAUAGAUGCAGGAGUUCUUAAUUUUAAGCAUUUAUUCAUGUUAUCAGUACUUGUCUUACUGUUUUCCGCCGUGACUUAUCUGAAUGUUGAUGUCAAUUAAUGAAGGAAUAGUCAGAUUUUUUUUCCCUUGCUUUUGGGAUCUAGGAGGGAAUAUUGAGGUGUGGAGGAAUGGAACCCUAACCUUAAAUAUCCCGCAAAGGUCAGUAUAGGUUACAACUUACAAGGCCAUUGACACUGUAGGUUUUAGUGCAAGUUAUUGUGUAGAAAUCAAGUUUUGUAGUAAGGGAGAAAAUGAUUGUGGUAGAUAUGAUCCGGUCUCUUAUAACUAGUUUUGAGAUUAUACUUGGUAAUAAGCAUAUGAUGGACCAUUUUUCUUAAA